CAUUUACGGAAAACGGAAUAAUGAAUAAUGAAUAAUGAAUAAUGAAUAAUGAAUAAUGAAUGUCCCGCCAACAACAUGAGCUAAAUCCAGUUAUCUAUUAGACCCUCUUGUAAAAACGUCUCAAAAAGCUGCUGAUUUCUCUCAAAAUGGCAAUAACAAUGGCAAAUUCUGGCACUUUUGCAGUAUCAGCGUCACCCUUGCACAUAGAUUCACUAUCCAAGGUACGAAAUUGCAUUCCUUGUCAUUGCACUUUAGCUUCAUCUUCAUCUACAUCAACUGAAAAUACAGUUGAAGAAUCAAACCCUAAAAAAUUCAGUUAUAGUAGGGCAUUUCCUUCUGUGAGAUGGCCCAAUUCGAAACUUGCAGAAAUUCAUCAAUUGCCGCAAACCCAUUCAAAUUUCACCUCUAAUUUACCGACCCAUGUCGCCGAAACGGCGAAUAAUUCGGAGGAUAUUGAAGGGGUUGAUGAUGAUGAUGAUGAUGCAGGUAGCAUGGAUGAUGUAGGGGAUUUAGAAGUUAAUAUUGAGAAUCUAGAGGUUUUGGGUAGGCCUAGUAAGAAUAAGGCUAAGAAAAUGACUAAAUUGGCUCUUAAAAGGGCUAAAGAUUGGAGGAAGAGGGUUCAAUUUUUGACUGACAAAAUAUUAGGGUUGGGGCCUGAUGAAUUUGUAGCUGAUGUGUUGGAUGAGAAAAUGGUGCAGAUGACUCCUACUGAUUAUUGUUUUAUGGUGAAGUGGGUUGGCCAAUCGAGUUGGCAGCGAGCUUUGGAAGUUUAUGAAUGGUUAAAUCUUAGGCAUUGGUAUUCGCCUAAUGCUCGUAUGCUAGCCACUAUAUUGGCUGUACUUGGAAAGGCGAACCAGGAAGAAUUGGCUGUGGAGAUUUUUGUAAGGGCGGAGUCUUCUGCUGGUAAUACUGUUCAGGUUUACAAUGCAAUGAUGGGGGUUUAUGCAAGAAAUAGUAGGUUCUCAAAGGUUCAAGAAAUGCUGGAUUUGAUGCGAGAGCGUGGUUGUGAGCCAGAUCUUGUAAGCUUCAAUACUUUGAUAAAUGCGCGUUUGAAGUCAGGUCCUCUAGAGCCGAAUUUGGCCAUGGACCUUUUAAAUGAGGUCAGAAGAUCGGGUAUUCGACCAGAUACUAUAACUUAUAACACUCUUAUUAGCGCUUGCUCUCGUCAGUCCAAUCUGCAGGAGGCGAUAAAGGUAUUUGGUGAUAUGGAGGCUAAUAGUUGCCAACCUGAUCUAUGGACCUAUAAUGCCAUGAUUUCAGUUUUUGCUAGAUGUGGACUGGCAAGUAGGGCUGAAAAAAUUCUUAGAGAACUGGAGACAAAAGGGUUUUUCCCAGAUGCCGUGACAUAUAAUUCGUUAUUGUAUGCAUAUGCUAAAGAAGGACAUAAUGAGAAGGUAAGAGAGACUUGUGAAGAAAUGGUGAAAAGAGGAUUCAUGGAGGAUGAGAUGACUUACAACACUAUCCUUCACAUGUAUGGUAAGCAAGGACAGCAUGAUAUGGCUUUGGAUCUAUAUAGAAACAUGAAAUUGUCUGGACUAGUUCCUGAUGCAGUUACUUACACUGUAUUAAUUGAUUGUCUUGGGAAAGCCAAUAGAAUAACUGAGGCUGCAAACUUAAUGUCAGAGAUGUUGGAUAGCGAAGUUAGGCCAACUUUGCGGACUUUUAGUGCUUUGAUAUGUGGGUAUGGUAAAGCUGGGAAGCAAAUAGAGGCUGAAGAAACAUUUCACUGCAUGCUGAGAUCUGGAAUAAAGCCCGAUAAGUUGGCAUACUGUGUUAUGAUGGAUAUCCUUUUGAGAUCUAGUGAGACAAAAAAAGCAAUGGCGUUGUACAAGGAUAUGGUUCGUGACAAUUUUAUACCGGAUCGCAACCUUUAUCUUUCUCUGAUUCAGCUUCUCAAGAAGGAUAACAAAGAAGAGUGCCUUCAAAGAGUUAUCUUAGAUAUGCAGCAGUUAUGUGCCAUGGAUCCACUAGAUAUAUCUUCCACUCUUGUUCAAGGUGAAUGCUUUGACGAGGCUGGUCAAAUGCUGAGGUUGGCUAUUGUUCAGGGAUAUGAUUUGGACCGUAAAAUUCUAUUAUCUAUCCUCAGUUCAUAUAGCUCCUCUGGUCGGCUCGUGGAAGCAGAAGAUUUGCUUAAUUAUCUUAGGGAUUAUGCUUCUUCAUCUCAGGAGCUUGUUGAGGAGGCCUUGGUAAUUGUGUUUUGCAGGAGUAACCAACUUGAUGCAGCACUGGAACAGUAUUAUAACAUAAAGGAGUCUGUCUCAUUUAGUGGGAACUGCAUGAUGUAUGAGUCUCUGAUAAUGUGUUGCAAGGAAUCUGAACGCUUUGAUAUUGCAUCUCAGAUAUUUUCAGAUAUGAAAUUUUUGAGAGUUGAGCCAUCUCAUGAUCUAUACCAAAGUAUGCCAUUCAUAUAUUGUCAACUGUCCCUUCCGGAGACAGCACAGUGGGUUGUUGAUGAAGCAGAAGAUAAAGGCGUGAUAUUUAAGGAUGUUGGCAUAUUUGUUAACCUUAUUAAUACAUAUGGGAAUAUAAAGGAAUUACAGAAGGCGGAGAGUGUUGUUGCUUAUCUAAGGCAAAGGUCUAAGAUAUUGGACAGGAAGGUCUGGAAUGCACUGAUACAAGCUUAUGCUGCAUACGGUUGUUAUGAACAAGCUAGGGCAGCUUUUAAUACAAUGAUGAGAGACGGACCUUCUCCAAUCAUAGAUACGAUCAAUCUGCUGAUGCAAGCUUUAGUUGUAGAUGGGAGACUAAAUGAGCUGUAUGUGUUGAUUCAAGAGCUUCAAGACAUGGGUUUUAAGAUUAGUAAAAGCACCAUCCUUUUGAUGCUUGAAGCAUUUGCAAAAGCUGGAAAUAUAUUUGAAGUAAAGAAAAUAUAUAAUGGGAUGAAGGCUUCUGGUUAUCUCCCAACCAUGCAUCUGUAUAGGGUUAUGAUUGGGUUGCUAUGCCGGGGGAAACGAGUUAGGGAUGUCGAGGCUAUGGUUGCUGAGAUGGAAGAAGCUGGAUUCAAGCUUGAUCUUUCAAUGUGGAAUUCGUUGCUAAAAAUGUACACAGGGAUUGAAAAUUAUGAAAAGACUGCUGAAGUGUUUAAGAAAAUUCAAGAAGCUGGACUUGUCGCUGAUGAGGACACUUACAACACUUUGAUACUGAUGUAUUGUCGAGACCGGAGACCUGAAGAAGGUUUAUGUCUGAUGCACGAGAUGAGAAGGAAGGGUUUGGAUCUGAAGUUGGACACUUGCAAAAGCUUGAUUGCUGCCUGCAGCAAGCAUCAGCUUUUAGAUGAAGCCGAGAAGCUCUUUGAUGACUUUCAAUCAAAAGGGUUUAAGUUGGAUCGUUCAUUUUAUCAUUUAAUGAUUAAAAUGUAUAGAGAUUCUGGUAGACAUGAUAAAGCUGAAAGGCUACUUAUUCAAAUGAAGGAAGUUGGUGUUGAGCCCACCGUUGCAACAAUGCAUCUACUUAUGAUGUCUUAUGGAAGUUCUGGACAACCUAAAGAAGCCGAGAAGGUCCUUGAUAAUCUUAAGCUAUCAGGUUUUAAUCUUAGCACACUGCCGUACAGUUCAGUUAUCGACGCCUUUCUAAAAACUGGAGAUCAUAAUGCUGGAAUUCAGAAGCUUCUAGAAAUGAAGAAUGAUGGUUUGGAGCCCGACCAUAGAAUAUGGUCUUGCUUUGUUUAUGCUGCAAGCUUAUGUCAGAGUUCAAAAGAAGCUAUGUUUCUCUUAAGAGCACUGCAAGAUACUGGUUUUAAUCUUCCAAUAAGGCUGCUUACAGAAAAGUGGGAAUCAUUAGUUACCAUCUUGGAUCAUUGGCUUGAGAGAUUAGAGCCACUUGAGGACAAUGCUGCAUUUAACUUUGUGAAUGCUUUGGAGAAUCUCUUGUGGGCAUUUGAUCUCAGGGCUACAGCUGCACUGGUUUUUCAACUGGCAGUAAAGAGGAGAAUAUACCGAGAUAAUCUAUUCAGAGUGGCUGAACAAGACUGGGGAGCUGAUUUCAGAAAGCUGUCCGCUGGAGCUGCUCUUGUGGGGCUUACAUUAUGGCUUGACCACAUGCAGGAUGCAUCACUGGAGGGUUCGCCGGAGUCUCCAAAAUCAGUUGUUCUAAUUACAGGGACAGCAGAAUACAACAUGGUUUCAUUAAACAGCACAUUAAAGGCAUACCUUUGGGAGAUGGGAUCACCUUUUUUGCCCUGCAGGACAAGAACCGGAAUUCUAGUUGCAAAGGCUCAUUCCCUUAGAAUGUGGCUAAAAGACUCCCCAUUUUGCUUUGACCUUGAGUUGAAAAAUGCUCCCUCCCUUCCUCAACUGAACUCAAUGCAACUUAUUGAAGGAUGUUUCAUGCGACGUGGCCUUGUUCCUGCUUUCAGGGAAAUUACUGGAAGACUUGGAGAAGUGCAACCAAAGAAAUUUGCAAGAUUGGCAUUGCUGUCAGAUGAGAAAAGAGAAAAGGCUAUUCAAGCUGAUAUAGAUGGAAGGAAAGAUAAGCUUGCCAAGAUGAAGAGAAAUGUAGGUGUUACACUGAAGAGGAAAGUGAGGCACCAGAACAGAAAGUUCGUUAGGAGAACGAUGUCAUCAAACACUAAAGAGACUUUUCAUCGGUGAAAUCUGCUUCCGGAUGAUUGUUUGAUUGAACACUAAAGAGAUGUUUGCUCGGUGAAUCUCCUUGAUCUUCAAGGAUACAGCUUAUGCAUGCAUUUACGGGGGUCAGGAGAAAAUUGGUUGCUGGCAAAAGCCUGGAUUUCAUCGCUUUUCCAGCCAUUCAGACUCUCAGCCGAUUGAUGAGCUUAGUAUUACCAAUGUGGGUAUACUCUUACAAGGCAUAACAGAGUCUAUGUUAGAUGUCGUUGCACAGUACCUCCUGCACUUCUAUGCAGAAAUGAUAUGCAAAGCCAAAGGACCUUUUCACGCCAGAGCAGCUGCUUAUUAUUCAGGUUAGACUUCAAACUACUUUCUCAUGAUGGAGUAAUACUUCAAAGAAUAAUAGGCCAGAAUCUUUGUGCUGAAUCGGUUGCAUGAAGUGAUGAAGUUUUGAGAUCUCUGCUCACUGAUGAUUAUGUGGGGUUGGAUGUAGGGCUGCUCCUAUAGCUGGCAUAAACUCUCAUGAUAGUUGCACAAUUACUUGGCUUCACAAUGGUCACUAUGAUCCAUUAGUCUUUCCUGUGAUAAUGUCGAACAGUAAAAGGUUAGAAGCUAACCUCAUUGUAGUCCUGCCAUGGGUAUGUACAUAGUAACAAGAAACUCAUGGGCCAUUUAGAAUCAAUGCUUCUUUCUAAUACUAUUUAUACCUUUGCUUUCUUUGGCUUUGAGAGGAGGAUAUUUCAUCUCUUUCAAUGGUUAGCUUUGCAAGUUUGAAGAAAGUAAAAAUAUAUUUAUUUUCUUGAAAACUUUUAGAUAGCCAUGUUACCUUGCCAAGCAUAGUUAAUUCUAUUAUUUUGAUGAUUUGAUCCAUGAAUUAGCUCAACCUCACCUGUGCAAGUUGCAUAGCUGAUAUUUUUAGUUGAGAACUUGAUACAUCCAUUUCAGACACUUCCAACAAGCACCUCUACUGUAGUGGCAGCUUGAAUAAUCGAGAAAAUAUUUGAACCUUCUUUUCUUGGAGAUCUGAAAUAUGUCUCAUGUUUGGUGGUAAGGGUCGAGACUGGAGAAAGAGUUGAAAAUCUCCAGAUAUAGCUAGUCCCUCAAGAGAUUGCAUAUAAGGGUGCAAUUGAACAGAUCGAGCAAGUUCUAGUUAACGUAACAUAAAACUUAUUAGUUUGAAAGCACCAUGAAGAGCAACAAAAGUCCGCAGGCCGCCUAAUUGAUGCCAACGAGUAAAAUCACCUUGUGCUUCAGGACCCCACAGCAACAAUAAAGAGUGUGCUUUAAUUAGCAGGAGUAGAAAUUGCUGUGGUUAAGAAAUUGCAGCCUCCAAAUAAGAGGCGGUCAUUCCAUGGGUAGGCCAUGACAUUACGGAGGUUGUGCCCAUAAACCGACCUCCUAAAGCAAAAUAAGCACAAGGAAAGAGCAAUAGACCGGACCAAACUACAAAAAACAAACGGUCCCUUAUAUUGUUUUUCUGACCGAGUGUGUAAACAAGUGAUAACAACUUCGGGUUGGUUUGGUGGGAGGAUUUUCCUGAUUUGCUAUAGCAAGUCAACACAACUUUGGAUUGUUUUGGUGCGAGGAUUUCCUGAUUUGCUAUAGCAGGUCAGAAUAUGCUCCAUCAUCUGCAAAAAUGAAUAAAUUCUCCCUUGCAUUUAGGCUAUGAGAAGAUAAUGGUACAUGGCUUCUGUCCCUACUCCUAGCACUCUAAGUUUCUACUCUGCACGAUAUUCCCUUCAUAUUGUGUUUGCUUAAUUCAUAAGUUUUCUGAAAGGGAUGAUGCCAUUAUAUUGGAUUCCCAAGUUCUACAUACACUCACAAUGCAAGUUAUUACAGAAAGAAAGUAAUAAGAUACUAUUAUAUCCCAACUGCUGGAAAAUGCUAGACCACAGGAUAUGAUGUGUUUCAUAUAUGAAGUUAAAUUCUAUAGGGAUUUGGCUGAGAUUAUGUAUAUUUCCCUGAUUAUCUCAUGAAUAUGCAGUUGGCAAAAGAAUCUCCUUACGCUAUGCUAUGUGGCAAGUGAACAUCACCAAAGCUUUUUACAGCAGGAUUUAUGUGGAUCAAGUAAGACUUCCAAUGUUAUUGCCCCCUUUGUAUGCUACAUGAUACUUCUAGUGCAAUAAAUGGCUUGAAUAAUGUUUCUAACUUGUUGAACAUGAGCCUCUAUUACAUUUUUAGUUUUCUUUA